AUGAACACCAUUCCAUUCCAGAAUACAUAUUUUGCACGACUGGUGGAUUUCCCCGUUGUGGUAUGCCGUGAAUGCCAGUAUGGUGUCUGGCCAAGUCAGAUUGAAGGCCAUUUGCAGCGUGCCCAUAGUUAUAUAUCACCUGCCGUGCGGAUCCAGCUUGGUGAUGAGGUUCGUAGCUGGCCCGAUCUCGCCAUUGAUCCCAUCGAGUUGGAGAUUCCCCCCACUCGGACACACGUCAUUCCCCAGAUCGUUGGUCCAUUAGACGGCUGGCAGUGCCAGUUAUCACCCGAGUCAUGUUGGUAUGUGUGUCCAAGUAUAGACACCAUGCGGCAACAUUGGCUCAAGCAGCACGGUUGGAGCCGGACCGCCCACCAAGGCCAACCUACCCAAUCUACCAUGCAGACCAUCCUGGCACGGCAGGAACAGGCAUGUCGACAGGUUCGAUGCCAGCGAAUCUUCCCCCGGAAGAUGGGGUCCCAGUAUUUCACUAUUAUUGAUGACAAAGAGGACUCCCAUCCCAUUCCCACCGCAUCCAGAUCCACGAUUUGGGAACAAGCCAGCCGGCAGUAUGCCGAGUACGAGAAGCAAGCUGCUGAGCGGAUCCAGCAAGGCCAUAUCGAUGAGGCCAAUCCAUGGCUCCAUGACCAAAUAGAUCAAUCCCCCAUUGCCGAUCCCAAUGAACGUGCCAUCCAGGCUAUAUGGAUAGCCAUGGGCCAGGUGGGACAGAUCAGCCAGCAGUCCGUCAUCCACACUGGCGUGUUUGUGCGCAUGGAAGCCAUCCGGACAGAACAACAUCAAACCCGGUAUCAGCCACUGGAGGCAUAUCAGGAUCUGGAGACGAUACCAGAGCGCAUUCGUCCAUGGCAGCAGAUAUUGAUGUUUUUUUGGCGGACACAGCAAUGUGCAUCCGACAAGAGACAUCCCCCAUAUCGAUUCACCCAACGACAACACGCCGCGUGGAAUCGACUGGUGCAGGUUGCUCGUCCCCGGAUCCCACCCCGGAGUUCGGGACGGUCGAUGGUCUUGCAACCUGGACAGCGGCGUCCAUGGGAGCUCAGCCCAUCCCCUGGAUCCAGCGAGUCGUCCGGCUCCGACGACGAAUCAUUCACCGACGACGAUGAGAUGGACGAGGAGAUCCACCAUGACCCUGAGCUGGAGAGCUCCAUUCCAGCGGGCUCCAUCCCGGAGAGCUCCAUCCCACCGUUGACCCCCAUCCAGCGGGCGUGUUUGGACUUUUGCAUCGAGCUGUUGAACCAGCGUGUGGUACACCGGGAAUACGACUGCGCAUUGGUGUGUGCCAUGGCCGUGUUGGGCGUUCGCGAUCGAGGUGGAUGGCGGACCCCGGAGGAUUACCCGCCCAUUUUGUCGAAAGUGAUCAAACUGGCCCGGUUCCUGGUGGUCCGGAAAGCUAUAGAACUGGCGGAGACCGAGGAAGACGCCGAACCCGCCAGUUCCAUGCAGGAGAACGACUGGGACAGUGCGUACGGAGGAUCCCCAUCCCCCAGUGCCACCCCAUCGAAGAAAGGGUAUUUACAGUGGGUGACGCAGAUGAUAGACCAGUUCAUGGUGCGUGGAUCCCAGAGCCCGAUGCAGUGGAUGUUGGAUUUACGGACCUACGGGUUGAAGAUCCAUUACAACACCACGUCUGAGGGCCAUGUGACAUGGCAGAAUAACGAUGAGCUGUUAUAUAAAGAUGUCAAAUUCACGAUGCGGCAGUUCCGUGGCAUGGUCGACCACACGGUGCGGGAUGCACGGCGGAUCUUGAUGGAGGAUUUGCUGCAAUGCACCCCCAAUCAGGUGCCAGUGAUUCCAUGGGAUCAGCUGUAUGACAACCCGUUCAAUGAGGAUCCCCAAUGGAGUUUUCAUAUCCAGGAUCAUCCCCCAUUAUACCGUCGAUUGAUCCAGGCCGACGGCCACGGCAUUCAGCCCAUCCGCUGGCAGGCAUUCUACCGACAGAUCAGCACGUUUCUGGAGAAGCUGCUGGCGGCGGUCCAAUUCACAUGGGGCCAACCCGCUCGUGCCCCGGAGUUGUUGAGCAUUCGACAUGAGAAUAGCCACGUUGGUGGGAUCCGGAACAUGUUCAUUGAGGACGGCAUGGUGGUAUUGGUGGCGCGGUAUCAUAAAGGAUAUCAGGUGAGUGGCGACGUCAAGAUCAUCCAUCGAUAUUUACCACGAGAGGUGGGUGAGCUCCUGGUAUGGUAUUUAUGGCUGGUAUUGCCAUUUCAACGGCGCAUCGACGCGUGGAUGCAUCAGCGGGAGGACAUCAAUCCCCAUAUCUGGGCCUCCGCGCCGUGGGAACCCACAUGGACCUCGGAACGGGUGCGGCGGAUAUUACAACGGGAGAGCACUGUGGGAUUGUCCGGGCAGACAUUGAAUAUUGCAUCGUACCGUGAGAUUGCCAUUGCAAUCAGCCGCCGAUAUAUGCGAGCAGAACGGGCAUUUGUUCGCCGUGACCCCCAUUCCACCACGGAGGAUGAUUUGCAUGAGGAUGAGGCCCAGAUCAUGGCCCGGAUGAUGGAUGAGCAGGCUGGACACAGCCCCCACGUGGCGGGAGCUGUAUAUGCGCGGGAAACCACCGAACGAGCUGGCGAAGUGGCCGAUCGACGACAACGAUUCCGGCAAAGCAGCCAGGAAUGGCAUCAGUUUUUGAGGUUUACAUCCGCCAUCCGUUCCAUCCCCACUGGCAAGAUCACACCAUUCCAGGACACGGCCCAGGCCAGUCAGAUCGAGCGAUGGAGCCGUACCCGAGCCAUGGAUCUCGACGAGUCAUUACAGCAGAUGAUGGGACCAUCCGCCACGUUUCGAGGGACCCAGAAAGCUGUGAUUCAGUCCAUCGUCCAGCGGCAGAGUCCCAUUGUUGCCAUCAUGCCCACGGGCGCAGGGAAGAGUUUAUUGUUCAUGUUGCCCGCAUGGAUGAGCCGUGGAGGCACCACCAUUGUGGAUUCGCGACGUCCCGUGGAUGGAGCCGCCAUUGUAUUGGUGACGCCGGAAUCCGCCAUGAGCGAGACGUUCCAGACCUUUAUCAACCGCAAGGAGUGGACCAAGGAGCUGGACCGCAUUGUGAUCGACGAAUGCCACAUCAUAUUACAGGAAGGAUACCAGUUCCGGAAGCAGAUGGCGCAGCUGGGUGCAUUGGUCCGCGCGGAGACCCAACUCGUGUUAUUAACCGCCACCUUGCCCCGUGAAAGCGAAGCAUUGUUAUGCCAGCGGAUGUAUUUAGAUUCCCCCACGAUCCAGUGGUUCCGCGGCCGGACCAGCCGGACCAACGUGGCAUAUCAAGUGAUCGAGAUUGGCGCCGGUGAGCCAUCUUGUGAUAUAAGCGAGCUGAUGAUUACGUGGAUUCAGCAGCGCGUUCAGCAGCUCCACGAGGGGAAAGUGGUCAUAUAUGCCAAUACGAUUGCCACCGUCCAGCGGAUUGCCCAUCAACUGCAAUGUCCCGCUUAUUACAGCCAGGCGGUGGAUAAAAAGGGGAUGUUAGCAUCAUUCCAGAAGCAGAAUCCCGGGGUGAUCGUGGCCACGAGUGCGUUGGGAAUGGGGAUUGAUAUCCCCGAUAUCCGGCUGGUGAUCCACGUGGGCCGGACGCGGUCCUUGUUGGAUUAUGGACAGGAAAGUGGACGAGCCGGACGCGAUGGGGCCGCCAGCCAGGCGAUCAUGUUAAUCGAUGGCCACGGAGCGGGUUGGGGGGAUCCGCCCACGGUGGAUUCGCGGGUGGAGGAAUACCUUGGCGGUGGUUGUCGACGGCGGGCAUUAGAUAUAUAUUUAGACGGGACGGUGGAUGGAUAUACACGGCAGCAGUGUGAGGACGCUGAGGCGAUAUGUGACCAGUGUCAGAGUAGUAUAGAUCCCAAUCCCGCCAGUCCGAAUGCCAGUCCCAAUGGCUGGCUGAGUGCCCGCCAGAAUAACAGACAGGAAGCCAGUGAUUCGGCCAGUGAUUCGGCCAGUGAUUCGGCCAGUGAUUCGGCCAGUGAUUCGGCCAGUGAUUCGGCCAGUGAUUCGGCCAGUGAUUCGGCCAGUGAUCCAGGCAGAGAUCCAGGCAGAGAUCCAGGCAGAGAUCCAGGCAGAGAUCCAGGCAGAGAUCCAGCCAGUGAUCCAGCCAGUCAUCCAGCCAGUCAUCCAGCCAGUCAUUCAGCCAGUCAUUCAGCCAUCCAUGACAGACCAAACGGCUGCCCAAAUAACCGCCCAAGGACCAGCCAUUUCACCAGUCCCAACAGCCACCAUAUCGCCAUUCCCACACCAUCACCCGGUCCACGCAAACGCGCCAUUUCCCACCAUUCCAUCCCCCCCAUGGCCAAACGUCGGGCCCAUCCCAUAUUCCCGUCGACGGCAUAUUACCAGGGGCCCAUGCAACGACAGACGCAGCACGCGGAGGCGGAUGGACAGGAAAUCGAGUCCAUCCGGGAACCGUUUGACCGGUGGGCCGGGCAAUGUCGAUUAUGCGGGAUGACAGGGCAACCAGCGCACCAUAGGAUUGGCAAUUGUCCCCAUCCACAGGCACAGAUUGCGCAGUCAUGGAUGGACCAGGUGAUCGAACAGGUGGUCCAUCAGCCACGGGGGGCCGGACGGCGAGGGUAUGAGGCAUAUGCGGCAUGUUUUGGAUGCCAUUCCCCGCAGUGGAUUUGCCAACAGUGGGAGAGCAACGGCUACGGUGGUUACCAGAAGACGCACGAGCGGUGUCAAUAUCCCCAUGUGGCGAUUCCGAUCAUGGGACAGUUAUUGCAUGGACCGCAGCGGCAUUCAAUCCGUGUAGCAUGGCAACAGCGAAUGCAGGCCCAGUUCCCCGGGGUGGACAUUGACGAUGAGCGAGGGUUGAUUGGACAUUUCCAACGGCGAUUUGGGCGACGUGGUGAGGAGCGCAGCGGAUUGGUGGUAGAGAUGAAUUGGAUGUGUGAAUUUAUCGAGCGGGAAUUCCCCGCGUGA